AAUAAUCAGACUGCGGUUGAUAUUUGAUGCUGUUCAUAAUGAAGGGAUGCAACGAUAUGCUGCUGUACUUCAGUCAGACUCAUCCAAAAACGUCACAGGAAAAUCGGACUUAGUGGAAGUGAUUAGAAUGCCUCAGUACGAGGAUAGUACUGGAUUGUUCCGCCUUAAUAUGGAUGGUGUCGUGCUUGGGUACAUCGAGGAUGUGCAAUUGGUCUUCCAAGUGCACAGUCUGCAGAAUGUCAGCUUCGCAAAUCCAAACUUCCCUGGCGAUUCCGUUGUUGCGGCGAUCGACAAAGAUGGUUGGCACAAACCAUCAAUUUGGUUGACUGGUUCCAGAGACAGCCACCGUGGGAGCUCCCACGCAUAAAACGAGUUCUUUCUUCAAUUGUGGAAUCUUUUCUUCUGAUAGUUUCCUCGAUGCGCCCCGUAGUAAAACAGAUUUGCGAGCAA